CGCCAUUCUUCCCCCUCUCUGGUUAUUAACAGCGAGGCAAGGAACGAUGGCAACGAAUUCAGUUUGAGGAAGACGUUUGGGCAGUGAGGGUGUUGUUAAUCAUGCAAGGAAAUUUUAAAGUUGGAGAUUUGGUUUGGGCAAAAAUGAAAGGUUCCCCACCAUGGCCUGCACGGGUUGAGAAAGCGACGACGCCGAGAAAAGGCCAAGUGCACGUUUAUUAUUUCGGUAGCAAACCCAGUCAUGGUUGGGUUCAAGAAAAUUGUGUUAAUCCUUUUGACGAAUACAAAGACCAACUCAAAAAUGUUUCCAAUAGAUCGGAUUUCAAAGUCGCUCUUCAACAGAUUGAAGAGUACAAAUUGCAAAUGGCUCCAGAGUCAAAUGAAAAUGAAGGGGAUGAGGAAGAUAUCACCUCUAAGAAGGGAAAAAGGCCAAUCACUAAUGAGUCAAAUGAAAAAGAAGACGAGGAGGAAGAUGUCAGUCCCAAAAGAGGAAAAAGGACAAAACGGAAGGCGAGCAGCAGUGAAAGUGAAGGAGGCUCCAUCUCAAAAAGACCACUCAAAGGGAAAUCUUCCAGAAAGUCAGAAUUUCUCUCUUCUCUCAGAUCAGAGGAGAAUGGAGUGAACAGUGGAAGUUUGGGAACAGAACUGCUUAAUAUGCCGUCUGUUCUUGAAAGGCCGGAUUCUCCGGUUGUCGAUCUGAAUACAUGCUCGGAGUUGCUGAAAACCAAAGAUAUAUCUGCUUCAACUCUGACAUUUGGAUUUUUGGGACUCGGAAUAAUGGGGUCGGGAAUCGUCAAAAACUUGGUCGCUUCAGGGCACACCGUCAAUUUAUGGAGCAGGAAUCCAGAAAAGUGUAAAGUGAUCAAAGAACAAGCGGACAAAAUGUUUAAGGAAGGACUGGUUAGCACCUUCAUAGCGCCGUGCGACGUGAUGCAAAAUUCACAUAUCGUCUUCAGCUGCGUUUCCGAUCCCAAAUCAGCCGAAGUUGUCGCCUACGGAAACUGCGGCGUUGUCGGACUAGAUGCAGAAAGCGACGCUUUGGAGGGCAAAGCGUUCGUGGAAAUGACCGGCAUCGAUCCCCAGACGUCGCAAAAGAUUAGCGAAGUGAUCAAAAACAAGGGCGGCCGUUAUCUCGAGGCCCAGAUUCAGGGUAGCAGAGACGAGGCGGAAGAAGGAAGCUUGGUGAUUUUGGCCGCCGGCGAUCGGUCGGUCUUCAUGGACUGUCAGUCGUGCUUCAAGGCGAUGAGCAAGACGGCGCUAUUCCUCGGCGACGUCGGCAUGGCCAGCAAAAUUUACCUUAUUUUGCAACUGAUGCGGGGAAUCUCACUGGUGGGAUUAGCCGAGAGUCUCGUCCUGGCCGAUCGUUGCGGCAUAUCCGCUAAAGAUAUCCUCAACAUAUUCAACAUGACUAACUUGUGCUGUCCCUAUUUGAAAAACAAAGCCGAAACCAUCAUAAAGAAAGACUUUAAGAAAGUCGAACACUCGAUCCAGCACAUGCAGAAGGAUAUAAAACUGGCGCUCGAUCUCUCCGACCAAUUGAUGCAGCCUUUGAUGAUGGCGUCCGCGGCUAACGAGGUUUACAAACACUCGAGGAAGCUCGGUUACGACGAACAUGACUGUGCCUGCAUAUACAUGAAAACUAGGUACUAGGAAGAUUUUAUCCGACAAAGAUUUUUAUAUGCGUUGAAUUUGAAUAAUUUUCAAAAGAAAAAAAUAUGAAUUAAGAUUUAUUGUGCUAAUUUGUUGUUAAUAUUGUAACUGCCACCGAGAUCUGGUUUUCUUUUUUCGACAGAAACAAAAUAUUCGCGUGUGCGGACUCGAGUAUGUAAUUUUAAUUUUUUUCGCAAUCUUUACCUUAAUUUGUUUUCAUUAUGUAAUCUUGGUAUAAUAUAUUCUACAAAAAUGA